UCCAGAGAUCUUUCUUUCUCUGCCCUAGACACUAGUUGUUUACAGGGUAGGCAAAGAUAUGCAGAACAGCAGAAGCAUCAUAUAUUGUUUGUUUAUGUCGUCGAACUGUUUUGAAUAGUAAAUGUUUUAUUUGAAGUACCGAAAAGAAUACAGACACUGGAAAUGUUGAAGCAUUUUUUGAGUACCUCAAGAAUAUGUGGGGCAGUUACUGGAGUGCUUACGUCCCAACCAAGCAGAACAACAGUGAUUCUUAGAAGGAAGUGGCCUCCAGGUCUUUAUAAAAAGUCACAGCAACCAAAAAAGUUACGUGGACGACAUCACGUUUAUGAGUUUGUGGAAAACACAGAGUUCAAGAAACAGCCUGAAAUAGAAGUUAUUUUGACUGGCUAUGUCAAAGGUCUUGGAGACCGAGGUGACAGGGUGUUUGUGAAGCCAAACUAUGCCUACAACGAGCUUCUACUCCCAGGUCUUGCAGUUUAUGUUACACCAAACAACAUUGAAAGAUAUUGUACAGAUGAAAAUAAUAGACAACGAACAUAUAGCUCACCAUUUGUUCAGCGAACACUGGGAUUCUUGUCAAACAUGAAUCUACCAAUAAUUAUGAAUAAGGAAGUUCCAUGGACAGUGGAGCCAUGGCAUGUACGAGCAUCGUUACGCAAACGUGGAGUGUAUGUACCUGAAGCAGCUAUCAAAAUACCUGAUAAACCAAUAACUGGCCCAGACUUGGACAAGGAGGGAAAAAUAUUUUAUGUUACUGUAACGAUAAAUGGCCGGGAGAAGGUUGAUGUUAAAUGCCGGAUCCAUCACUGGAGCACCAAACUUAGUGACCGAUUGCCAUAUGUUCCUGAGUAUUGGAACUUACCUGAUGUCCCAGUUUUGGAGCAGUCUUGAGUACUUUUAUAGCACCGAAUAACUGAACAUUGUAUCUGUUGCGAUAAUUGCAAAAUAAAACAAAAUUUUAAUUUU